UGAUUUUUUUUCUUGGUUUUCAAUCAUUUUCAUGUUUUCAGGAAUCAGUUAUUUCUGUUUAUUUCAUCUAAUGGUUCCUGUCAAAUUGGUUCCUUUUAAGUGAUUCUUUUACAAGAUUUUCUCUUUUAAAUUGUUGUGUUAAGCUUCUCUAUCUCUUUGAAAUGUUAAUCUUGUGAUUUCGCUAUUCUUUUGUUUUUUCUUCUUCUUCGAUCAUAAUUAAAUUGGAGGUGUAGUCUGCGACUAUCGAAAUAUUUAUUGAACACAAUAAUUUUAUUCUAUUAGAUGUUAUUUUGAUUUCACUUUUUGUUCUCUAAUCAAUGGCUACUGUCACUGAAUUGUCUCGUUCCAGAGGCUCAUCUAUCGAUCUUGGAGAUAAAUUUUUAAUGCCCAAAGAUUUGGACAAAAAUGUCGGUUUCAGUGAUUUGCCCAAUCAAAUUCACCGGAAAACCAUCAAAAAGGGAUUUGAAUUUUCGCUCAUGGUUGUUGGAGAAUCUGAAUUGGGAAAAUCAACUCUGGUCAAUUCGAUGUUUUUAACUGACAUUUAUUCCGAUGAAUUUCCUGGACCAUCUAAGCGUCUCGCUAAAACAGUUGAAGUUAAUGCAACCAAAGUAAAUUUAAAGGAGAAAAAUGUCAAUUUAUCUUUGACGAUUGUUGACACUCCUGGAUUUGGUGAUUCACUUGACAAUACGAAUUCAUGGCAGAAAAUUAGUGAAUAUAUUGAGAAUCGAUAUGAGGAAUAUUUAAAUGCAGAAGCGCAACUUUAUCGAACUCAUAUUCCUGAUAAUCGUGUUCAUUGUUGUUUAUACUUCAUUUUGCCUCGUGUAACAUUGCGAGCAAUUGACUUGGAAUUCAUGAAGAAUCUACAAGAUAAAGUGAACAUUAUACCAAUUAUUGCCAAAGCCGAUACUUUGACGGUCGAUGAAUGUCAACAAAUGAAGAAAAAUAUCUUAAGCCAAAUCGCUCAGCACAAUAUAAAAAUCUAUGAGUUUCCAGACUGUGAUGACGAAGAUGACGCUAAAUUAUUGAAACAAUUAAAAUCUCGAGUACCAUUUGCAGUAUGUGGAAGUAAUUACGUGAUAGAAGUUGGCGGAGAGAGAAAAAGAGCAAGAAAAUAUCCAUGGGGAACAAUUGAAAUUGAUAACUUGGACCAUUACGACUUUACUGCGCUGCGACUGAUGCUUAUUAAAUACUUCAUGCUUGAUCUGGUGGAUACAACUAAUAAUGUUCACUACGAAAACUAUCGAUGCCGAAAAUUAUCUGGAAUCAAUUCUUCUGAAAAAUCUGUCACGGAAAAUAAUGUAAAUCCAAUGGCUCAUAUGGAAGGAGAGCGAAAAACAGAAGAAGCGAGAUUAAAGAAGCUCGAACAAGAAAUGGAUCAUGUUUUUGAAACUAAAGUCAAGGCCAAAGAACAGAAACUUGAAGAAAUGGAAGCCGAAAUCAAUCGGUUUGAUGAGCAAAAUCGAAAGAUUCAUGAAAAAGAAUUGCAAGAACUUAAUGAGAAACGAUCUGCUUUCGAAAAAGAAAGAGAUGCAUUCGAGUUGAUUGUUCGCCACAUGGAUGAAAUGAAGAAACUCACCUUAGAAGCGAAUGCUGCUCUACCCGUCGAGGUGAAGGAAAAGAAGAAGGAAAAGAAACGAUUAUUCUGAGCACCUUUUCAUCUCAUUGUCAAAUUCAUCUAACGAAUUACCUCAAAAGAAACAAUUCUUACAAAUUAAGCCGAGUCGAUGAUUGAUCAAUCAAAAAAUACGAGUCAUGUUUAUUCAUCAAAAAUCAAGUCAUUUCUUUUCUAAUUUUUUAGAUUUAUUAUUUCGCAUCACUUUCAUUUCCUCCAUUUUGUUCAUACUGAAACACUGUUUCCAUUGCUUACCAAACUAGAACAUCACUCUCUCUCAAGCGAUUGAUUGUUAACUCAUAUCAACCUAAUUACUAUUAUUCAUAUUCAUGUAUAUUAACUUAAUUGAUAGAUUAGUUAACCGCCUAUGAAAACUAAGCUCAUAUCUUGACUGGAAUUGAAUAUACACCAACCCAAUGUUAAUAGAUCGCAUUGAUUUAACAAUGUUAUGCAAGGAGCAAAAGGUUCACUUCCUAUUAGCAUUGACUAUUUGACUAAAUUUAAUUGAUUGUUAUUCCUUAAUCUUUUCAUAACCUUUAUCAUUAAUGAUCAAUCGAAUCAUUUUUCUCUCUGAUCUUUGCUUCCAAUUCAUUCAAACAUUUUCUGUUUGAAGGCUAAUCAAUAUAAAUUGUUUUUCUCUAUUGAUUUGUUUAUAUAAUUUUCUCAUUGUUUCGAUAUUUAUCCUUAAUUUAAGUCCAAUCAAUGCUCAAUAAUUUUCUCUUUUAUAUUUAAAUUAAAAUUACCCUUUUGUGAACUUGACAAGAA